AUGAGUCAGUUUUGGGCACUUUUUCCUGUCACUUUCCUCGUGUUCAUCCUUGCUUCUGUUGAAAGUAGCAGUGGUGAAACAGAUGCUCAAACCUACAUCAUCAGAAUCCAAAAUGACUUAAAACCAUCUGCGUUUUCUGAUCCUGAAGAAUGGUACAGUGCUACUCUUCAAAGCCUGGAUUCAACUUCACAGGCAUUUGAUCAAGAGCCUAAAAUUUCCCAUACAAGAAAAAAAUCCCAAGAUUUCCUCCAUGCCUACAAAACUGUUUUUCAUGGCUUCUCUGCUAGACUCACGCUAAAACAGGUGCAAGAGCUCAAAAACCGCCCUGGUGUUCUUGCUGUAUUACCUGACAAACUUCGCCAACUCCAAACCACCCGGUCACCUCAAUUUCUAGGAAUUUCAUCUUCUGACAACCCAGCUGGGCUCUUGAAAGAUUCUGAUUCAGGAUCUAAUAUUGUGAUAGGACUUUUAGACACCGGUAUUUGGCCUGAACAUCGGAGUUUUCAUGAUGAAGGCCUCGGUCCUAUCCCGAGUCACUGGAAAGGCGAGUGCACUGAAGGUGAAAAGUUCACGAAAAACCAUUGCAACAAGAAGAUCAUCGGUGCUCGGUACUUUGCCUCUGGUUAUGAAGCUAGAAAUGGCAGAAUGGACCAGAGCAUUGAGGUAAUGUCUCCGCGGGACACUGACGGCCAUGGCACUCACACAGCUGCCACAGCUGCAGGAAGAGCAGUUAGCAAUGCCACCUUACUUGGUUUCGCCACAGGCGUCGCCGCAGGGAUGGCUCCCAAAGCACGUAUUGCAGUGUACAAAAUAUGCUGGAAAAGAGGUUGUAUGGAAUCUGAUAUCCUUGCAGCUUUUGAUAAGGCUGUUGAGGAUGGUGUCGACGUCAUUUCCAUCUCCGUUGGCGGCGGAGCUGCAACCUACAAUCUCGAUCCAAUUGCAAUUGGGGCCUUUGGGGCUAUGGAGAAAGGUGUUUUUGUUUCUGCUUCUGCAGGAAAUGAAGGUCCAAACAAGUUUACAGUCACAAACGUGGCUCCCUGGAUCACUAGUGUUGGUGCUAGCACAAUUGACCGAAAAUUCCCAGCCAAUCUUGUGCUUAAAGAUGGGCAAGUACUAAGAGGAUCAGCCAUAUAUCAUGGCCACCGCUCUUUCCAAAGAACACCUUUACCAUUGAUAUAUGGGGGAAAUGCCUCCAUAGAUUUAAGCCAUGGUACUCCUGGUCAUUUUAGUAGCUUCUCUGCCGGUAUUUGCAUGCCUGGCUCUCUUGACACAAAGAAAGUAAAGGGAAAGAUAGUGGUGUGUGAUCGAGGUGGCUCUCCACGCGUUGCAAAAGGAGAAGUUGUGAGGAUGGCUGGUGGAUUAGGUGUAAUUGUCGCCAAUGUUGCACCACUAGGCGAAGGUCUCAUCGCAGAUGCCCACUUAAUCCCAGGACUAGCUCUGGGUGAAUCAGAUGGUAAUAAUGUUCGGGCAUAUAUAAACUCAACCCCUGAUCCUCGAGCAACGAUGGUUUUCCGAGGGACACAGGUCGGAGUAAAACCGGCGCCGGUGGUCGCAUCAUUCUCGUCUAGGGGUCCCAAUGGUGAAUCAAUCUAUGUUCUCAAGCCAGAUAUCAUUGCGCCAGGUGUCAACAUCUUAGCAGCAUGGCCGGAUGGCGUGUCACCUACUGAGCUACCCACGGACACGCGUCGUACAAAUUUUAACAUAGUUUCAGGAACUUCCAUGUCUUGUCCUCACGUGUCUGGCAUAGCAGCGUUGCUCAAAGGAGCACAUCCUGACUGGUCACCGGCGAUGACCCGAUCAGCUCUUAUGACAACGGCAUACAUGCAUGAUCGCGAUGGCAGGCCUCUACUAGACGAAACAUCGUACCAGGAAUCCACAGUCUGGGAUACGGGUGCAGGCCAUGUAAACCCUGAGAAAGCACUUGAUCCAGGCCUGGUAUAUGAUUUGUCAUCCAUUGAUUUCGUGAAUUUUCUCUGUGCCUCUAAUUACAGCCGUGAGGCAAUUAAAGAAAUUACUCGACAUGGUGCAAAGUGCCCACGGAAGCAUAACAUGCCUUGGGAUAUAAAUUAUCCUGCGAUUGUGGUAGUAUUUGACAAAACAGAGAUGUCUGAUUUUAAUCUUAAUGUCACAAGAACUGUGACGAAUGUCGGGGAAGGGGCAUCUAGCUACAGCGUGGUGGUAACAAAUCCCAAAGGUUCGAGAGUCAGUGUCAAUCCACCAAAGAUGGAUUUUAGCACAAGAGGGCAAAAACAGAGUUUUGUGGUUCAAAUUAAAGGUGACAAGUUGGAGGUGGCACCAGGGAAUGCGGUGACUGAGUGGGGUAUGGUGACAUGGUCCGACGGUAAGCACCAAGUAGGAUCACCUGUAGUUGUAGUUUGGAGGGAUGUGUUUUAAUGUUGAAUCAAGUGCUAUCUAUUAUUAGAAAGACAACUUUUUUGAUAUCUAUGAA